AUGUCACUCAACGACCUUCGGAAAGGCAUAGCCUCUUAUGGCGCCGGACCACAGCUGGAUGCUCUGCCAUCGGCAGAUGGUAUGACCUGGGUCCCGCAACCAGGCGCAAAUCCUGCAUUUUCUCUUUUAAUUGGCAGCCUUGAUGGGCAACAAAUACUUGCCUACUUGACUCGAUACGGAGAGAAGCCGCGAGAAGUGCGCUAUUGUACCAGGCCUCCUCCUGAUAGGCCCUCCAACAAGUCUACAUCGUCAAUGUCCACAGUUACCCAAGACGACGUCAUGAAAGCAUCUCUGCUUUCGCCAUUUAAGUACCUUGCAGAAAAUUCUAAGCCCAUGAAGCGCAAGUUUAGCAUGCUUAUCCGGUGGUACUUUUUGAUAAAGGGGUAUAUUGAUGGCCUCGAGGGCGACCAAGGAGACUUUUGCAAAAGAUUUAGCUCUGCAGUCAAGAGAAUUGAGGAAGAGAAGCAUGACGAGGAAGAUGGUACUCAGAAUCGCACGAGGCGAAACCGCGAAGCCAUAGAAGAAAGCCCGGAGCCCGAAGACGCGGAUAGUACUUACACCUUGCGCUCCAGCAGCCGUACUGGUAAGACGCACGUGACAAAUGGCGACAAAUCUGAGCCACAAAGCCCUUCAGUAAGAUCGUCACGGGAGUUGAGGACCAGCAAGGGCAAUCACGACCUCGAGCGUUUACUGGAGUACUUGAAAAACCACAACGCAUUAUAUCUCCUAGACAACUUACCUGAAGUGUCGGAGAUGCAAUUUGUGGGCCAAACAUCUAUACCCGAAGCCCAGCCGAUGAAGCUUUUUGUUGGACGCGAAGCGAAAUCCGGCGAUGAUAUAUACGCCUACAUGGUCAGUCUAGCGCGUGGCUUCCACGAAGUUCGAUUCUACGUCCAAACAGCGCUCGACGAGGAGCCCAUGAAAACCGAAACAGUCUCCAAACAGCGCCUCCUUCACCCAUUCAGCAAGUGCUAUCCAAAGCAACCCUGCGUCCUAGAACAGUCUGAUAGAGCCAGACUGACUCUCAUGGUAAAAUUCUACUUCAUCUCCGCAGGCAUCGCAACCGACUGCGUCCUCAAAGAAACGAAAAAAUACCCAGAACGCCUACGCGUCGCACUCGACUACAUCGCCGACCGUAUGGGUCCCGCCGCCGCCAAACCGCCCUCACACACCAAAGAUGAAGACGAUGGCGCUACUUCCACCUCAGCCCCCAACAACCCCCCAAAACACCGUCUCUCAAGCGAAAGCUCCUACAUCGACGAAAGCGACAUCCAGUCCACCCUCGCCCUCGAACCCCCCCGCCUCCCCCACCACACCCGCACCCCAAAAUCUACCUCAAUCUUCGCCCGUAAAUCCGCCUACUCCACCGCCCCACGCUCCCAACUCCCCUCCCGCACAACCUCCCCCUCCACCUUCCCCCCCAUCACCACCACCCUCGACCCCUCCACCUCCACUUUCCCGCCCCCCUCCGACAUCAUCACCACCACCACUACCACCCCUUCAACCCCAUCCAUGCACCCCCACCGCAGCACCCCAAAACGCUCAGCCGAAGACGCAGAAUUCGAAGAUCUCGCCCGCAUCGUCAUGAAAGAGCAGACUCUCACCCGUGAAAUCAACGCCCUCCAGCAUGAAAUGGAUGUCCUUGAGGAGAGAAAGAGUAUCUGGAUGGAGAAGUGGCAGGCCCAGUUUGAGACUGUCAAUGAAAAGUUGGAGGCGGUCACGCGCGAGAGGGUUGGUGUGAGGAUGCAGUUUAAGAAGCAGAGGUUGGGGGGUGGUGAGGAGUAA